AGAGCGCGAAGGAUCCGCGAAACAGUUCGUCGCAAAGUGUUGAUCGAGGUGGACGCGCGAAGCGAUAGCGUGGUCGCGGUUACAAACGUUGAACUCGCCAGUUGGCAUAGCAACCUGUGCCUCGAUAGGCCGCGCCGUGUAUUUUUCUCCGUUCUGCCGUGUGCUAAAUGUUUCGAGCCGUUUGAACCGCUUAUCAUCAGACAGCAAACAGACAGCAGACGGCGGGCUUGCACUAUGCUGCUGCGAACCGUGAUACUGGUGGCCCUUGCCUUGUCGCAAGGUACCGAGGCGUACAAAGUGCUCGGACUGUUCCCGCAUCCCGGCCAGAGUCACUUCCACUUCUUUCAGCCCGUCCUGAAAGGGCUGGCAGAGGCCGGCCAUGAGGUGACGGUCGUCAGCCACUUCCCGGAGAAGAACCCACCCGCGAACUAUCACGAUCUGCCGCUCGCCGGCAUGACAUCGCUGUCGGAUUCGGUCAGCUUUGAGCUGUUUGAGUAUCGGCCCGGCUUUGGACAUUUCAUGGAGUUCUUCAUGCUGUACACCUGGGGCAAGGAGGCGUGCGCCAACGCGCUCAACUCGACCGCCAUCCAGACCGUGCUCGACUCCAAGGUGCAGUACGAUCUGAUCCUGGUCGAGCAGUUCAACAGCGACUGCAUGCUCGGCAUAGCGCACCAGCUAAAAGCACCGUACAUCGGGCUCAGCAGCUGCCCGCUGAUGCCGUGGCACUACGAGCGCGUCGGCAACCCAACGCUGCCCGCGUACAUCCCAGCCCUCUUCAUGGGCUACACCGAGCGGAUGGACUUCUCGCAGCGACUGGCCAACUGGAUUACGGUGCAAUCGUUCAAGGCCCUGUACAGCUGGUUCAACGAUGCCGCCGCCAACAAGCUGCUGAGCGAACGGUUCGGCCAGGGCGCAAUACCGGACGUGCGCGAAUUGCAGCAGCGCACCGCGAUGAUGUUCGUCAAUCAGCACUACUCGCUGAGUGGCGCCAAACCGCUCAGCCCGGCCGUGCUCGAGAUCGGAGGCAUUCACAUCCGCGACUUUCGCCCACUGGAGGCCGAUCUGCAGCAGCUGCUCGAUACGGCCGACCAUGGCGUGAUCUACAUUAGCUGGGGAUCGAUGAUACGGGCGGAAACGCUGCCGGCGGAAAAGCGCGAUGCCAUCCUGAAGGCGCUGGGCCGGUUCAAACAGCGCGUCAUCUGGAAGUGGGAAAACGAAACGCUACCGAACCAGCCGUCCAACGUGCACAUCCGGAAGUGGUUGCCGCAGCGAGAGAUUCUCUGUCAUCCCAAGGUUCGCGUGUUUAUGAGCCACGGUGGACUGCUAGGAUCAUCCGAAGCCGCCUACUGUGGUGUACCAGUCGUUGCUACGCCAAUGUACGGUGAUCAGUACAACAAUGCAGCUGCACUGGCUAAUCGGGGCAUGGGUGUGGUGCUGGCCUACGAAGACAUCACGGCCGACUCCGUCUACGAAGCGCUGCGGAAGGUGCUCGAACCGGAAGCGAUGGAACACGCGAAGCAGGUCUCGUUCUCGUACCGCAACCGUCCACAGAGUCCGCUCGAGUCGGCCGUCUGGUGGUGUGAGCAUGUGGCCGCUACCGGUGGCCUACCGCUGGCACAGUCGUACUCCAGCGAGCUGCCCUGGUACUCGUACCAUCAGUUCGAUGUGUACAUCGUGACGAUCACCUUCCUCGUGCUCUACCAUUCGUGCUGGAUAUGGCUGUUUAAGCGUGUCUGCUGCCGCGGUGUGUCCGGGUUUAGUGACGAAAAGCUGAAAACUAACUGAAACCGCCUAGUAGGCUAAGAGUCAACUAGUGCAGCAGCUCUCACACCAUCAUCCUCAUCAUCAUCAUCAUCAUCAGUACCUCUUCCUUACCGGAUCAUCGUUAGAUAUGUAAGGUUUUGUUUCCUUCCCUUCAUCGUAGCUGUGUUUUUCUCACUUUUCUUUAAGAUGUAGCACAACUAUUGAGAACGAGCGUGAAUGUUGUUUAACAACCACCACGAUUUUUGUUUUUAUUAUCGAAAAAAAAACAGAAGAAUACAAGAACAUACUUCUAAGGAAAACCUGUUUCGUUUGCCAGAUAAAAUAAAGAAAUAAACAGACAAACAAAUAGUCUUA